GGUGCGCAGUCCAAAGGGCCGUAUAAACUUCUUCGCGAUUGCACGGAUUUAGGGACGUUCAGUGGCGCCGCGACGCUCCUUGGUUUGACUUUUGUUUUUCCGUUGAGUUCCGUGACUCGGAGUUUUAGUGUGUCGUUAUUUGGACAAGAGGCAAACUGACCCAAUUUGGAGAAGUAUUUUGGAAAGAGGUGUGAAAAAGACAGCAUGAACUUUACCCCAACAGACACCCCUGCCUGCAGAAAGCGAACAGUCGUCUCCAAACGUGGUGUUGCCAUCAGUGGUCCCACCAAGAGGAGGGGAAUGGCAGAUUCACUGGAGUCAACCCCCUUGCCUUCCCUCGAAGAUCGUCUGGCCAAACUCUGUCCUUCUAAGGAGCUCCUGGAAUAUUAUCAAAAGAAGAUGGCUGAGUGUGAGGCAGAAAAUGAGGACUUGUUGAAGAAACUGGAACUCUACAGAGAAGCUUGUGAAGGACAGCAUAAACUUGAAUGUGAUUUGCAGCAGAGGGAGGAAGAGAUUGCUGAAUUGCAGAAAGCUCUAAGUGAUAUGCAGGUCUGCCUCUUCCAGGAACGGGAACAUGUUUUACGCCUCUACUCAGAAAAUGACCGACUGAGAAUCAGGGAGCUAGAAGACAAGAAAAAGAUUCAGAAUCUCUUGGCUCUUGUGGGAACAGAUGCUGGAGAAGUGACCUAUUUUUGUAAGGAGCCUCCUCACAAGGUCACCAUUCUCCAAAAGACUAUCCAGGCUGUAGGUGAAUGUGAGCAGAAUGAAUCUUCAGCUUUCAAAGCAGAUGGAGUUUUGCUCUUGUUGCCCAGGCUGGAGUGCAAUGGCGUGAUCUUGGCUCAUUGCAGCCUCUGCCUCCCAAGUUCAAGCAAUUCUCCUACCUCAGCCUCCCGAGUAACUGGGAUUACAGAUCCUAAAAUAAGCAAAAGAAGACCAUCAAGAGAGAGAAAAGAAGGUUCUGAGCAUUACCAAAGAGACAUACAGACACUCAUCCUACAGGUGGAAGCACUGCAGGCUCAGCUGGGAGAGCAGACCAAACUUUCUCGAGAACAAAUUGAAGGGCUCAUGGAGGACAGACGGAUUCACCUUGAGGAAAUGCAAGUUCAGCACCAGAGAAAUCAGAACAAAAUCAAAGAGCUGACCAAAAAUCUUCACCACACCCAAGAACUGCUCUAUGAGAGCACCAAAGAUUUUCUGCAACUCAGAUCUGAAAACCAAAAUAAAGAGAAGUCAUGGAUGCUUGAAAAAGAUAAUUUGAUGUCAAAGAUUAAGCAAUAUAGGGUGCAGUGUAAGAAGAAAGAAGACAAAAUUGGAAAAGUGUUGCCCGUUACGCAUGAGAGUCAUCGUGCUCAAAGUGAAUAUAUUAAGUCCCUAAAAGAUAAGUUAGUACAAGAGAAAAAGCUGUCCAAUAUGUACCAAGAGCAGUGCAUUUCCUUAGAAGAAGAACUUGCCCGAAUUCGUGAGGAAGAGGGAAUGAGGAGAGAGAUCUUCAAGGAUCGCACUGACAAGAUGGGGAAGCGUUUACAGGUAAUGACAAAACGCUAUGAGGCAUUGGAGCAUCGACGCAUCUUGGAAGUAGAAGGCUUUAAGACAGAUACUAAGGUUCUCCGACAGAAACUGAAAGACUUGGAGCAAAUGUUGUAUAAGGCAACAGUUAAUGCCCGGGCAAACCAGGAUCUUGCCCUUCUGUGUGAGGUCCGUGACAGCAAUAGACGGGCACAUAAGAUACAAGGAGAACUGAAGAAUCUUAAGUCGAAAGUGUUUGGUCUGGAGAAUGAACUUAGACUCUGCUGAUGUCUACUUUUGGAAAUGGCCCCCAUUUAGAAGAGGUGUGCUUCUUGAAACCUGAGGACCAUCUGCUGCCGGAAAAUGUAAACUGGAGUUGACUAGAGUGGUGGUAUUCAUUAUUGUAAAACGGUGAAGAAUCGCGGACCACUAGGAAAGCUUUUCUUGCAUACUCAGCUUGCUUUAUCAUUUUUGCUGUCCUUUUAACAUUUGCGGUGAGUGGGGGCCUGGUCCUGAAUGACUUGGAGGCUUUCGUUAUUUAUCCUGUCUGUAUCGACAGGUUUUUGUUUUUUUAGGAGGCAGUGAUGAUGAAAACUUAGGAAGAAGGUAUUUUGCAAUAAGCUUGGCUGAGUGUCCAUGGGAAGAGCACUUUCCCUAGAGAGAGAAGCACUCACAGAGGCUGGCUUUCUCCUGAGCUCUGGAGAAAGCAGCACAUCACAACUUGUCACAUUGAAAUAGGCGCUCAUUCUGCUAUCUCACCUUCCGUCAGGAGCAGAGCCUGGAUUACGUUUUUGGGCAAUUUCAUGGUGUUUCACCAGAGGGCGCUAAAGACUCAAACAAAAUGUCCAUCUGGACAAAUUAAGGAGACACUUUGGCAAGGGGAUGAAACAGAUGAUGCUUGUAUGGAAAGUUUGAUAUUUUUGUCAGUAACAUGGCUUUCGAAAAAUGAUGUAUACAUUUUAAAUUAACUAUUUUCAAUAAAAUAUUUCAUUCAAAA